CUCAGCUGUCCUCUACACACACACACACACACAGACACGCGCACGCCCAAUAAUAGUGCACGGUGUGUGAGAGUGUGUGAGUGGAUUGAAGGAGCCCAGAGUCCACCACCUUGCACCGCCUUAAUGCUCCUUUGACAAGAAGAAAGAAGACGGUGGAGCUCUUCGGCUAUUCAAGCGUUUUUUUCUACGCUGGGUGUAAUGGACUCUUUGCACAAGGACGAAUACCAGCUGAUUACUGAGGGGAUUGUAAAGAGAAGAUUUUUUCAGAAGUAGUUUUUCUACGUUGUGUUUUGACAGGAAAUAGCAACGCCUUGCAUCGCCUUGCGCGCGCUAUCUUGGUAUUGUUACAUUUCCUGUACUUUUUUCCGCGUUGUGUGCCAAUUCGCACCUGGAAGCGGAUGGUGGUGUUGGGCGUGUCGAGGCGCAGAAAGGAGCAGAUACCGAUCCUGCUGAGGGUUGAAGGACCUUCUACAGCCCUGUCCAGCUCUCCUGGAGUAACUACCUGUCUCCUGGAAUCUUCUGCAUGCGUCCAGCCCUCCUGUGGUCUGUCUUUUUGGUCUGUGCCAUCCAUCGCACCAUGGACCGCCUGCUGAGCCGGGCCACUAAAGGGGCCCUUCAGUCAGUACAGACGUCAUUGAGCCACAGAUGACACUAGUUGCCUUUACCACCGUAUGACUAUAGUUCAGAAACUAUACAAUACAGUCGCCCUCACACAAAAGAAGCCAUGCAUCCAUUAUUCUGUGUCAGCAUUUUUUGGCUCCUACCACUGGCCUUGGUACUGGAUGAUGACUCACCACUGGACUGUGUCCCCCGCAGAUCUGUGCCCUAUCACAGUGAUAACGCUCACCUCUUUCAUGAGGAGGGGAUGUCGAACUAUACCACCAUGUUGCUGCGAGAGGACUUGGGCCUGCUGCUGCUGGGUGCCAAGGAGGCAGUGUACGCUCUUGACCUCAACGACAUAACCAAGAAACGAGCUUCUGUGAAAUGGGAGGUGACACAACAGCAAGAGGAUGACUGUCACAAUAAAGGAAAGGAGCCUGAGACACAGUGUAAGAACUACAUCAGGAUUUUGCACAAGCUGGAUGAUAACAGGAUGUAUGUGUGUGGAACCAAUGCGUUUAAUCCAGAGUGUGAUUACAUGUCCUAUGCUAAUGGGAAGCUGACUCUGGAGAAGAAGGGAGAGGAUGGGAAAGGGAAGUGUCCAUUUGAUCCUAUCCAAAGAUACGCCUCCAUCAUGGUUGAUGAUAACUUGUACUCUGCCACUUCAAUGAACUUCCUGGGCUCUGAACCUGUCCUGAUGCGAAGCUCUCCUUCCUCCAUUCGCACUGAGUUCAAAAGCUCCUGGCUCAAUGAGCCCAACUUUGUUUCCAUGGCUCAGAUGCCAGAGAGCGACCAAAGCGACGAAGGAGAUGAUGACAAGGUCUACCUGUUCUUCAGCGAGUCGGCCGUCGAGUGCGACUGCUACAAUAAACUGGUGGUUUCCCGCGUAGCCCGUGUCUGCAAGGGAGAUGUUGGUGGUGAGAGGACGUUGCAAAAAAAGUGGACAUCCUUCCUGAAGGCCAGACUGGAAUGUCCUGUCUUGGGCUCGCAGCUACCGUACAUUAUCCAGGACACAUACCGCUGGUGUGACCCCGAUCAGCACUGGAAGAGUUGUUUUUUCUACGCCAUCUUUACACCACAGGCUGACACAUCCGACCUGUCUGCUGUGUGCGCUUACCGUGUGUCUGACAUUAGCCGGGUGUUUGCCGAGGGCAAGUAUAAGAUGCCGGUUACCGUGGAGACGUCCUAUGUUAAGUGGGUGAUGUAUAGCGGAGAUGUCCCCGUCCCUCGGCCCGGUGCUUGUAUCGACAAGGUGGCUCGUGAAGCAGGCAUUACUCAGUCUCUGGACCUCCCAGACCGAACCCUUCAGUUCGUCAAAGAUAGGCCCCUCAUGGACCAGGCCAUCCAGCCUAUAGGGAAGAAACCGCUGCUGGUGCGGAGGGGAGCCACCUUUACGUGCAUUGUUGUCAACCACGUGCAGGCCGCAGAUGGCCACAAGUACCAUGUGAUGUUCAUUGGCACAGAGGAUGGCAGCCUACUGAAAGCAGCAAAUUAUGAUGGAGAGAUGUUCAUCAUCGAGCAAGUUCAACUUUUCCAAUCCCCCCAGUCUAUUAAGAUACUGAGGUUUUCUAAUGUCACGGAUCAGCUUUAUGCAGGCUCAGACUACGGCGUAGUACAGGUGCCUGUAGCCACCUGUGGGAGAUCCUUGUCCUGUAUGGACUGCGUUCUAGCCCGAGACCCAUACUGUGGAUGGGACAAGGUCGCCGGGAGUUGCGUUGCCCUUUCCAGUACACAAAGAGAACUAAUCCAGAGUGUGAGGGAUGGAGACGCCUCUCUCUGCCCAAAAGCUGCCCCCGUGCCAAUUGUGAAUCAGUCAAUCUUGCCCGGCGGGAACGUGAAGCUUCUCUGUCCUUCACCGUCCAACCUGGCAACAACCAGCUGGGAACGAGACGGUCGCCAUGUGACUUCUUCGCUUCGUCAUCAGCUCCUCCAAGACGGACUUCUCAUCCUCAACGCCUCAGACUCUGACGUGGGCCGCUACCGCUGUCUUUCCGUGGAGCACUCCAAAGUGGACAAGUACACUACCCGCGUCGCUGAGUAUCAGCUCGAUGUGAAACGUGCUGCCACAUCAGUUCCUCAGAGUCAGAGAAGAGGACCCUCUGUGGUGGGACUGCAGGCUGCCGUCGGGCUUCUGGUUGUUUCUCUCCUGGCCCUUUUGGCGUGGAACUUUUACAACGGCCAUCUACCUCUGCCCUGGAACUGCAACGAGAAGAAGAAAGGACAAUCUAAUGGGUCACAUGGCCAGGGAGGACACACAUCCACUGGUAGCCAUCAAGUUGCACUGAUGUCCGGCCUGACGGAGGGCAAACCGCUGGUGUCUGGAAGCGGGCAGAGCAGGAGUAACAAUAACCACACCGAUAGAGAGGUCGGCUUCAGUUCUGGAGAGGACGAUGACGCCACCAGGGUCACUCUUCCCUCUUUGCAGUUUAUUGACGAUGAGUCUGAAAUUUAAAUGCAUUUACAAACAAGCUGUGGGAACAUCCCCAUGUGACUUACAAAGUAUAUACAGAAGUGUAUGUAAGACGAAGCUAGAUGUACUGUACGUUCAUACAUUUUUAAUGGAAGACUGUUAACUCCUCAAUCAGAAAUCCCAUGUGGACAUCUUGCAAAGACGACAGUACAGUAUCUCAGGAGAGCGAGUACACCCUCUCACAUUUCAACGAUUGAAAAAAUAUCUUUUCAAGGGACAUAGCCAUAGUAAUUAAACUUGGAUAUACUUUAGUCAGUGUAGUGUAAGGGGUGCCAGUAGCGGCAGCUGUGCAAGUGUGUGUUAGUUAACCUCACCUUAUUCAGUUGAUAGCUCGAUGCCUACCGCCAUUGGCUCUCUGGUCAAGCCCGGGUGAAACUGAACCAGACAAGUUACACUUGUAUGGCAGUGUAGACUUACUGACCACUGAAAAUGGCUCAAAACAGCCAUUUUUGUCUAAAUAGCUGAGGGGUGUACUCACUCACUUUUGUGAUGUACUGUAUAAAAAUAAAGGUGUACUAACAUGGGUUUAUACAUUGAGGCAUCUCCAUGUUAACUGCUAAUAGAUAUUUAGUUUUGUUACAGGGAUUUUUAAAAAAAUUAUUAGCUGGCUCGUCUAGUUCAACGGUUUCUCAUUAUAGCCUCAAGGGUUUUCAACAAGAUGUGACUUGCCAAGAAUGUGAAGAACAGAUGUGGAUGUAUUUCUCAAGUCACACAAAAUCUUGUUUUGAAAUUUCUUCACUUGGUCACUCCCAACCUGAUUCUGUCAAACAUUUGGUUUUUAUGAAAUGUGUUCGGGACAUUCCUUGCAGCUCAGUAAAAAAAAAAAAAAGAUCUAUGCUUUUUCAUUUGACGAGCAUGCUGGUGUAUUAAGAUUAAAUGCAUCGUCUCAGACAUGCUACCGUUUAGUUAGCACGGUGUGCCAAACACACAAAACAAGUGCAAUUGUUAAAAAGAAGGAAAAGUCUUUAAUGUACAUUUUCUUUUUUUUUUAAGAACACAUUGCAUUAUGAAACACUUACAGCUCCUAUUGAGUGGACCCAUCCCCAACAGAGAUUUGGAAUGACUUCAUCUUCUGUAGCGGUACCUCUUGAAGUGGAACCACAGCUGAAAGAUGCCGUUAGCAAACUGACAGCGGAAACCAUGCCGGUGUGAGUACUCCCACUCUCUGUUUACUAUCUUAAAAGCAAUGUCCUCGUAUGGCGGUCCUGCAUGGAACCUAAGAAUCCCAAAAUCUUUGUUAUCAGGACUGGGUUCGAGAAAGUACUGAGGGGUGGAGCGCUUGUCUAUCAGGUCAGGGUAGAAAAUAUUAAACUUGUAGCCCUGCACGAUCUUGGGCGGAGGGUUGUCAAAGUCAUAAUGGGUCUGGUUGUAUUUGUUCCACUCAAAACCAGUGUGGACCCUGUUGAAGAAACGGGGUUUCCUGGGUCGGUAUUUGUCUGCCCACAGGUACAUCUUGCCCGUGACGGGAAUCUCCACGCUGAACUGGGCCUCAUCGUUGCCCAUUCCUUCUUUGGCCCGACGCACAAAAACAUCCUCGGCGCUCUCGCUGGCGUCCCCUGAUGAAAAAUGAUCAACGAUUUACAGCGAUUCACACGAUGAAUUUUGUGCACAAUUUGUAUAAAUGCUGACUGCGUAAUGCUAAUUUGUCUUGUGAUUUGGAGAGGACAGGAUGGGGUACCUGUAACCUGCAGCUGUCUGCGGGCUAGCUGCAGCCUGUGUGUGUCCUCCUCAGGGGUGAUGGUGUGCGUGUCUAGUGGCAGGUCAGAGGUCGUGAGCAGUGUCGGACUAUAGCGACCCGAAUCAUACUCCGCCUGGCUCUGCUGGAUCAGAUCCUCCUCGGUCAGCACAGCCUCCGCCUCCUCGGCCUUCUCGUCAUCUUUCUUAUCCUCGGUUUCUUCUCCAUCCUUGUCUCUGCGUUCCGCUGUGGAUGUGGAUGUGGAUGGGCCAUCAUCCUCUCCUUUGUUGAUAUUUUGCAUGGACGUGGAAGAGCAUGAUUGGCCAGGCUCUUCUGAUGACGACUCUCCUGAUCGGCCUGCUGCUCUGUUGCCACUAUUACAAAAAUAGUUCAUAGUUAAUUUCCACAAAUGUCAUUGUACUGUAUAGUACAGUACGGGCUUCUCAGUGUCGCGCUCAAAAAAUAUACAAUGGUUGUAGGCCCCCUCCUCUCCUAAAAAAAAGUUUUCUGGAAGCCCUUUUUUUUUUAAUGCUCAACUCAGACUCUUGACUUUCAGUCAUGGAAGUAAAAAUGUAUUAAUUUUUCCACUGCUCUGCCCCUCGUGUCUUCUGACACCUCCCAGGAAAGGCCAACCUCACACUUUCAAAAGCUCCGAUAUUUAGGAACCUCUAAAGUCAAAUGCCCCAAAGGUUGUACAAUCUGACCGAAAUUUACUGUGUGUGGGGAAAAAAAACUUCUUAAGUCACACACUGUGAGAGGUCAGCAUAGUGCAUCGUGUGAAAUCACACUUAAGCAAGCACAGGAUCAAUCCAUUUUCUUCUUUUUUUGGUGUUUUUAAGACACUAAAAGACCAAGUUUGAAAAGGGAAGCGUUCACAAAAGUUCACAUUUCCUCUCAUUUUCACUGAAUUACUGAUAAAUACCUAAAUACAUGGCAACUAUCUUCUCUAACUACCCCGUUUCUGUCCCUAGCUUCUGGAAGGCAUCUUUGGCGGCAUCAAAUACAUCUUAAAAUGAAAUCACAUCAUGUUAUGAUUGUUGUGCACAAUUAUUUAUUACUCAUCCAAGAUUUACUGUAGACCAGAAACCACCAGCCUGUCAUCACACCUAACAGCGUAAUCAUUUUCAUUAACAUCAUAUGUUGUGUUCAAGCAUAGUUUAAUUUAAAACAGGGGUUCCCAGAGGCAGUGACCCGGUGCUGGUUCGUGGAGAACUUUCGGAAGCGAUGAUACAAAAAAUAAAAAUUUGAAAAAAGACACUAUUACUCACGUAUAACACACGCACACACUUUAGUUAUGUUUGUUGUCAGCAAACAAUAACAUUUUGGCAAAGGUUGGCAACAAACGUUGGCUAUCACUGAAUCUAUAGGCUAUCAUAACCAAAAAAUGACUCCAAAUUGUCUGUCUCUUCACUGAGACUGCAUUGAGGUGAGUGAAACCCUUGAACGCUCAUCAUUUCAUUCAGGCCGACAAUUAUGACAAAUAUAGACAUUCAUUUGCUCAGUCCAUUCUGUUAAACCACUAUUGGUAACACAUGCUAGCCGGUGAUGUUCUUAUAUUUUUUGGUUAAAACAAGCAUCGUUUGCAGUCAAAGAGGGGCAGCACCUGUACGUUAAGACUGCUUUUCUGUCUUAAUAUUGACAGUGGCUAACUUAUAUUCCACCUGUAUGAUCGUUUCGGAUGUUAAAAUACUACUUGACUGCUGUUUGAGUCUGCAUCAGAAUGUUUAUACUGUUGUCUUAAAAUAUGGACAAUUGGAAGUCUACCUACCUCCCGAAAUGUACUGAACCUCAGAGGUUCACUAUUUUAGAGUGACUUACAUGUCAUCGCUCAUUGGCUCCUCCUUAAUGAUGGGGAACAAAGGUUCGCUGUCGACGCCUUGUUCCUGCUUCAGCUUGAACAGCUUCUGACGCAGCACGUCCUGGUGUCGCUCUCUCAGCCUGUCACACAAAACAUUUUUAAGUACACAUCCACCACUAUUCCAGGUGUUUACAGUAAAUGCUCCACUUAACGCCUCUAUUCAAUUAACCGCCGUCUCCUAUAGUCGCCGGGUGUCUGGUCUAAAGAAACAAAUAACCACCAUGUGUGCAUGUGGCUGUAGGCAACCACCUGCUAUAUUUAUGUAUCAAUGCCACAAGAUGGAUGGAGCUGCAUUUGAAGUAUCUUGGGUGGUCGGCUUUAUUUACCUCUACAUGCGCUUUAAAAUGGUGGUUGCACUACUCAGCUGCUGGUGUACAUGUUACCCUAGCCGUACUGUUGUUUACAAGAACUCGGCGGCAUUAAUGCUAGGUUGCUGAGUUUUCAAAUGGAAAUAACAGCCUCUCUCCAAUUAUCAUCUGCAUCCAACUAACACCCCGUCAUCUUUGCGGUUUACGUGAAUAAAACAUACUAUCUCAUCAUACCUUGCUCUCGCCAUGUAGACUCGCACCUGCUGCAACAGACUCUCCCAGUAACCGAUGUCAAGGUUGGAUCCUCCGGCCCGAAUCUUGGUCUCUAUAUUGAGAUGUAGCGCCUGCAGCUGGCUGUACGUCUUUCCUUUGAACACGGUCUGGACGUCGCUGCUCACCGCUGUGUUGAUGCCGUCGCGGCGGUCACCUGAAGAUAAUUUAAACAGACUCUAUUGAGCUUCCGGUUCCACUGCCACGCUUAGGUUGUUAUAAGGCUCCGUUUGUCCAUGUAGAGGUAAAAUAGUGGAUAAAAAAGGAGAAAAUAAUGUACCUGGUCCUUUUCCGGUGGCCUCAAGUUUCCUCAGCUUGCUUAUCUCAUCCUCGGUGAUGGUGGUCAUGUCUCUCCAGAAGUCCACAUUCUUGCCUUGUUCUAACUCCAUAUAAACCUGAUAGAAGGACACUGCGUUAAUACAUCUCAACAUUAAAACUCAACAUUACUAUCAUCAUCAUCAUCAUUAUUAAGGCCAACACAGCUUGUGCACUGAAUCUUAUUAGUGUUUUACAGUUUUAUUUGCAUAUGUUGACCCAAUAUUUUGACUUGAUAAUGUAAACAAAAUUAGAAAUUCAUGGUUACAGAGGACCACAAUGUAUCCCACCAAGCAUCCUUCAAUGCCAUGACAAUAUGACAAUAAAACUCUUGACUCUUCAAGAGUGUAGUAUGCUAUAACCUAUUUGUAGCAUAAGAGACUAUAAGUGACAGUCAUCUAUUGUCAGCUGUAAUAAAACUGACGCUGUAUCUAUGAGAAAGAAAAUACUCCAUUUAACGUUGCACCUUUUAGUGGUUUAUCAAUAAGACAGAAAACUAAAACUAAAAUCUUGCUGGUGGUCAAAUGACUAGGGUGGUUCUGUUACCAAUGCAAUACAAUCAUCUCUUGUGUAUCAGACCCAACCGUGAAAAGUGAAUUUCUGUGAAGUGGGAUUCCUUAUUUAAGAAUGGAAUGGAAUAGUUUCGUAGUUAGCACAUAUAAAACUUGUUAACGACCUUAUUUAUGCGGCUUUUAACAUUACUUGAGCCCACUAGACAGGAAAUGCAAUCACCUUUACACUCCUAUUACCCAAUAUAGUAGAUAUAAUCAUCACUCAUGCUUGCAUGUGUUGCAAUAAAUGCGUUCCGGGCAUGUGGGCAGGAAGUGACAUCAGGGGUUCUCAGUUGAGUUUUAGCUGUAUUACGGCCGCAACGGUAGCCCAUAAUAAUCACAAUGAUUAUUAUUAUGACAAUGACUAUUGUAUGUUGUUAUUAUUGUGCCUGCUGUGAGAUCAUUCAUUUUUUAUUUUAAACUUGUAUUAGUACUUGUAUUGUAUAUUUCUUAGCUACCUUUUGAGUGUUAAGUUACUGUGUGAUGAUUUUAGCGUUCUUAGUAGGAUGACACCAUGAGUCAGACUGCUAUAUUGAGUAAUGACCUCUGUUGACCUCUAU